GGAACGUUCAUUAAAUUCUUGUCUGUUCUUACUAUGCCUUGUACAAUGCGCUACUAAGGCAAGCCAGUGGACCAAAAGUCAUCCCUCUCCCCUUAACGCAAGACUAAACUAAAGUCUUCACUGUCUCUUCCAAAAUCUCAUAGAAUUCUCUCUCUUUCUCUCUUUCUGUACUGCUCUUUCAAGCUUGAAUUGCUCUGCUCGUUGCUAGAUGAUGCAGUUUGGUUUUCUUUGCUUCUAAGUUACAGCAGGCCCUAUUAAUAAGAAAUGGCUGACCAUGAAAAAGAUGAUGUAGCAAUGCUGUCAGACACUCAUCCAAAGUUAGUGGAUGAAGAGGUGGAUUCUCGAUUUUCGCCAUUUCUUUCCAGGACUCAAAGUGCAUCAAUUUCUAUUCCUGUGAAUUCCAUGGAGUCAUAUGGUUUUGAAACCAAUCUUGUUGGCUAUACUGGUCCACUGCGUAGUGAAAGAAAAGCUCCACUGGUACAAAUGAGCGGUCCUUUAUAUAUCAACCGUAACACUGAAAACCUAUUCCUGGCAAAUCAUGGUGUAACAGCUCACAAAAAGGUGGAACCCAAGCCAGAAAGAUAUCUAUCUUUUAAAGGAAUGGAUCCGAAUGACUGGGAUGACAUGUAUACUACUACAAAUGCCCACUUAAUGAGGUCUGGGCAACUAGGGAUGUGCAAUGAUCCUUACUGCACAACAUGCCCAUCGUUAAUCCAUUCCAAAGAUUCCAGGUUUCGUAGUGUUCUCUAUGGAGAUGCUAAAGGUUGGGCAAGGAGAUUCAAUGAUGUUAUAAACUUGUAUAUUCCUAGAGUUAUGAAUCCUCAUACUCAAGUGGUUCAGAAGUGGAACAAAUUUUUUGUCAUUUCGUGCUUGGUGGCAAUUUUCGUCGAUCCCUUGUUUUUCUUCCUCCUAUGGGUGCAACAGGAAAACAAUUGCAUAGUUAUUGACUGGCCAUUGGCUAAAACAAUUGUGGUUUUUAGGAGUUUGACUGAUCUCAUCUACUUACUGAACAUACUUCUUCAGUUUAGGUUAGCUUAUGUUGCUCCUGAAUCUAGAGUGGUUGGUGCUGGAGAGUUAGUUGACCAUCCAAAGAAAAUUGCUAAGCACUACCUUCGAGGAUGUUUCUUUAUUGACUUAUUUGCAGUAUUACCACUCCCGCAGAUCAUUAUAUUAGUAGUCCUACCAAAGGGAUUGGGAAUCUCUGGAGCAAAUAAUGCCAAAAAUCUUCUACGGGCAGCUGUUCUUGUCCAGUACAUUCCAAGGCUGUGGAGGUUUACUCCUCUUCUCAUUGGUCAGUCUCCAAGUGGCUUCAUAUUUGAGACAGCAUUGGCAAACUUCUUUAUAAAUCUUUUCACCUAUAUACUGUCUGGUCACAUCGUUGGGUCAUGUUGGUAUCUCUUUGGGUUGCAGAGGGUUAAUCAAUGUCUCCGUGAUGCCUGCCAUUAUACUAGUUUUCGAGACGAGUGCAUGGAAUUUAUAGAUUGUGGAAGCGGGAAUGCUAAUGAAGAAUACGGGUCUCAUCUAAACUGGGCUAACUGGACACAGAAUCCUAAUGCAAGUAAUUGUUUUCAAACGGGUGGUCCGCCAAAUGGUUUUGAUUAUGGAAUCUAUACCAAAGCAGUCAACCUCACCGGAAAAAAUAUCAUCAUCAGAUACAUAUAUUCAUUGUUUUGGGGAUUCCAGCAAAUCAGUACUCUUGCUGGAAACCAAGUACCGAGCUAUUUUGUUUGGGAAGUCCUCUUUACCAUGGCAAUCAUUGGACUUGGUCUCUUGCUCUUUGCUUUUCUCAUAGGAAACAUCCAGAACUUUCUCCAAUCUCUUGGUCGGAGGAGGUCAGAAAUGUCAUUAAGACGACGUGACGUUGAGCAGUGGAUGAGACAUCGGCGGUUGCCACAAGAACUAAGAAGGAGAGUGUUAGAAGCUGAACGGUAUCAUUGGGCUGCUACUAGAGGUGUAAAUGAGGGAAUGCUUAUGGAGAAUUUGCCGGAAGACCUUCAGAGGGAUAUAAGAAGGCAUCUCUUCGAACUUGUCAGGAAAGUUUGGAUUUUUAACCUGAUGGAUGACCAUGUCUUAGAUGCUGUCCGUGAGAAAUUAAAACAAAAAAUAUACAUCAAGGGAAGUGAGAUUUUUUAUGUUGGUGGACUGGUUGAGAAGAUGGUUUUUAUUGUGCGAGGAAAAUUGGAAAGCAUCGGUCAUGAUGGCACUGUAGUAGCCUUAUGCGAAGGGAAUGUUUGUGGUGAGGAACUUCUCACAUGGUUUCUUGAGCAUAGCUCAGUGUCCAAAGAUGGAAGGAGAAUCAAAACUCCUGGACAGCGUUUGAUUAGUAGCAGGACAGUAAGGUGCCUAACAAAUGUAGAAGCAUUUUCACUCAGUGCCGCAGACCUUCAAGAAGUCACCAGCGUUUUUGCAAGAAACUUGCGCCAUCCACUCGUCCAAGGAGCCAUAAGGUAUCAAUCUCCAUACUGGAGAGCCCGUGCUGCUACCCUCAUUCAAGUUGCCUGGAGAUAUCGGCAGAAACGUCUGAAGCAUAGCAAGAGCUCUCAAUCAAACCAUUCUUCAAACUCGAGGGUUUAGAUAUUCUUGUAUCUUUUAAUAUAUAUAUAGGUAUGUAUGUAUGUAUAUGGUUAGCAUAUAAUAGAAUAAAAUUAAAUAUUUUCGUGAUGUACUUAAAGGUAAAACAUUUCCAUGAAAAUUGAAGGCAACAUAUGAAUUAGGAAACAAUAGGAACAGAGUUAUGAAUGUAUUAGAAACCAUAUUAUUAAAAUUUUUAUUUUUCUUGUAGAAA